AUGUUCCACACUCGGGAUCUCUUCGGAGCUGCCUCGACAUUGCUCCUGCUCAUUAUCCUGCUCCUGCUUGACAAGGGGUUGUGUCUAAUCCCGGAGCAAUGUGCUCACAAUGUGACCAAACCGUUCUCUGUGUGUUGUCCUGUUAGUCCCCACAAUCAUCUGGUUUGCGGUGGACCGAAACGUGGAUACUGUGAGAAGAUCGCGGUCCCCAAGGACUAUGUUCCGCAUGUCUUUCAUAUGGACGAUCGUCUCAGUUGGCCGUUGCGAUUUUUCAGCCACGCCUGUCAGUGUAAGGGUAACUUUUUUGGUACAGCUUGCGAGAAAUGCUGGUACGGUUGGACUGGUCCGAAUUGUGAUAAGCGCGUGAAGCGGAUCCGGCGUGAUAUCCAUUCCCUUUCGGAUCAUGAACUUUAUGUGCUGAAAGAUGUUCUCUACCGUAGUCAGACGUGGCCUUCCGGCUACGUGGUCUUGGACGAGUCGGACAACUAUCAUUCGGAUCCGCUUUACAAGCCCCGUUUCAUUCCUGCUAGCGUGCAAUACUUUAUCACAUUUAAUCACCGAUACGGCAGUCGAGCUACUCUGUACAAGAACAAACAAGAUUGUGAAAUGUACGGGAUUUUGAACUACAAUCACGAUGGUGUCGUAUUUCCCACCUGGCAUCGAUAUUUGCAGUUAAUCUGGGAAGGAUUGUUGGCUGAGAUUGCGUGGAAGGUUCACCGAGUGGAAAAUUUCGCUGCACCUUAUUGGGACAUGAUUGGAUUACUCAAUUGUGAUAUUUGCACAAAUACGUACUUUGGUGCUCCCGGACGCGAGGAUAAGGAUGGUUUACAUAUUUCCCGACGGUCAAUCUUUUCCAACUUUACGGAAUUCUGUGCCGAACCGAGAGGAGAUGCCAAAUGUUACGGUUGUCAACGUUCGGGACGCAAAACGACUAUCACACGAAAGUUCACAACCCUCAAGUUUCCAGAUCAACGCGAUUUGGACUACGUUUUGAGCCUGAAAAAGUAA